CGCUACCGCCCAUAGUUUCCAUUUCUUUUUAGCUGCUUUUUGUGCACUAUAUAUAUAGUGGAAAUGAGUGCGGUAUCAAUCGGAUAAAAACUAAACAGAACAAGAAGCCAAACAUCAAGAAGAUGGGACACCAGAAGGUGGCAAAACCUAGCCGAAGCGACGAGGUCUUAGAUGCAGACCAACAGCUGAAAAUCUCCAAUCAGAUCAGGGCUCAGUUUGAUUCCUUGGCCCCGAAACGACCCACCAAACCUAGCAGAAGCGAACCCGAUUCAACAACGGACAACCCUUCUGCACCCGUGUCCACUAUUCACCAAAACAUCCCGGAGUUUGACAAACUUCGAUCUCUUCAGUCUCAAUCUUAUGGUAUGUAUCCAGUAGAGGGAGCCUGUACGGUGACAGAUGAAUUUGUGGAGACACACUACUACAAAGAGUUGAUUUCUAUUGACAAGCAGCACCACACGACGGGAAGUGGAUUUAUCAGAGUGAUGAAGGAAGGAGCUGAGGAAAAUGGAUUUAAUCUUGAAUUAGGAAAUGGACUGUCACACGGGAAUGGAAAUGGAGCAGCAUUCAAGAGCAACCCUGCAAAAAAUGACUGGAUUCCCAGUGUCUAGUUAUUCAGGCCUUCCGCCGUCGUGUCUGCCGUGCUGAAUCGGAGCGAGAGUUAUUAGAUCUGCCGACAGUCACAGCUGACUGAAAAAUGCGUUACAUGUGUAGAACUUGGAGCUUCUUGUAUCAUUAUGAAUUAAUAAAUAAUUGCAUCGGUAUUAUGGGAUAAGGAUUGUUGACGUAAUAAAGCUUUUGUAUGUUUAAUUGUGUAA